CCCACCAAGCCACCGCUGGAGCCCGUCUCGUCUUAGCCCGAAUCUCUUUCCUGGACCAUCCACUCGCAGCCGCAUUCUUCGCCGCACGCCUCCUCUCCCCCUUCUUGGUCCUUCAACCUCCCGCUGCCAUCGGUGGAACCACCCCCAGACUUGAUGCCUCGACUGGGCCGCGCAGAGAGAGCGAGCGAAUCCCUGAAAUGGCCUGCUACCACGCAUGAUAACGUGUGUAUGUGCCAUGCAUACAUACGUACAGACAAGCGUACAGACAGACGGACAGACAUCGAUGGCUACAGACGGCCACUACACACACACACACUCACUCUGUCUCCCCCCCCCCCCCCAAUCUCUCUUUUCUCUCUGUGGUGUGUAUGUCUCGUCUCCCCUCGUCUCGCUCUCGCUCUCCCUCUUUCUCUGUCUCUGUCUCUCGCCCGUAUACACAAAUGUGCAUACCCACCCCACAAACACACGCACACGUCUCUAGGUAGGCACUGUCGCUGGCCUCCCUACCCGACCUGCUGCUGCGUACGUGCGUGCUCACGCCAAUCCGCGCAUAUACGCAUAACCCAGGGCACGCAUAACCUACCGCUACGGGGUUGGGCACCUCUUUAUGCCCUCUAGUUGUACGCAUAACCGCGCGAGUCGAUAGCCACGCUACGCACGAGUACGCGCUUGCCCACGCACGGCACGUCCGUGUUCGAUGUGUAUACACACAUCCCGCCUCCAUCUGUUGUCGUCCAUCCCUCUCCGACGUGCCUUGUCCUCCGCCUCCCCUCCUCGCCACGGCCAAACAACCCUUCUUUUUUCGUCUCGUCCCAAUAUCCUGGUUCUAGCCCCCCCGUCCUCCGCCGUGCUCGAUUGUUGUCAUUAGCUCGUACAUAUUGGUGCUAGUUAACUCUGAUGCUACCUCUCUUCCUACU